AUGUCGCAUUUGCUCGCAGACUUUGUUAGAAAUAGUCACACUUCAGACGAUAAGAAAUACAAAGCUAGAAAACGAUGGAACUUGCUAGCACAGGUUUUAACAGGCGAAAACUCAGUCAAAGUUGUGGACAAUACUGUUUCCUGUCGUAGAUUCCAGUCUUAUGGCUUGUUCUCUACUGAGCCGAUGGAACCAGCCAACCAGGACCAAGAAAUCAACAAGUGGUUUCAGUAUACUUGUCAGGAUUUGCCAGGUUUUUCAGUGAAUAUAAGUCAUGUCAGUGAAGCUGUAACGGCAGAGAGACUCAAUGGCUUUAACAACACCGGGAAUGUCUGUGUGUGGCCGUCAGAGGAGGUCAUGACCUACUACUGCAUGCAACAUGUGGAGGACUUCAAAGGACAGAGAGUUUGUGAGCUUGGAGGAGGGAUGACAUGCCUAGCUGGCGUUGCAAUAGGGUUAUAUGCUGAGGCAACUCACGUAGAGCUGACUGAUGGAAAUGAACAGUCUGUGACAAAUUUGUGGAGUAUAAUAGAGGGUAAUGACUUUGGAGCAACAGUCGUCAAUGCAAGGCUGCUCCGCUGGGGGAAAACAAAAGUAGAACCAGAACUGGAGUCGAUGUUCGACACUAUCAUCUGUGCUGACUGUUUGUUUUUUGACGACUGCAGAGAUGAUCUAGCCAGUUUCAUCUAUGACCUGCUGAAGCCAGGGGGUCAGGCACUGAUAUUUGCUCCGUCGAGAAGCAAAACUUUUCACAAGUUUGUGGGCGUGGCUGAGAAGUUAUUCCUGGUUAUGGUGGAUGGAGAAUACGACAGGAGGGUGUGGAAUUUACAUCAGGCAAUGCUGAAAAAGUAUCCAGAUGUGUAUGAUGAUGACCUCCAUUUUCCGAUCUUGAUGAAACUAACAAAGCCAUUGUCAUUGUCUCGAGAUGUCACUCCAGAGUCUAGAUAA